AUGGAUGGCUUCUACCCUCCCAACCAGCUGCAUCAGCAGCAGCAGCCCCAUCAGCAACAGUACCAACAAGCGCAACAGCAAGGUCAGCAGAACCAGCAGAAUCAGAUGCCCCCCGGCAUGGUGUCCGACCCCUCCCUCAUGUCCGGAGGAGAGUCGCUUGAUGAUAUCAUAAUCGACAACCAGAAUGAGCUAUAUCGUCGACGGAGCAUACCUCAAGCCUACGCCACCCCCAUGAGCCAAUUCCAGAUUCCUCAGCAGCAGCACCAGGGACAGAGGCGGAUGUCCUCGGUGAAUACCGCCGAUAUGAUGACCUUUGGAGCCGACAACGGGGACCUCAACUCCUUUCAGUUUAACCAGCCGAUGAAUACCGGCUUCCCCACCAUUAAUACAUCCCUCGCCAUGCCUGACCAGAUGGGCAACUACAUGGCGGACCCCAAUGAGUACUCAGCCAUUUCCCCCGAUAUGAUGGGAUCAAUGAUCCCUUCCACUUUCGCCAACAUGAGUGUUGGUGCAGUGGGGGCGCAGAUGUCGAACAGUGGUGCGUCCAUGAACUUGUACUCACCAGCGGGGAAUCCCAUGACGGGUCAGUUCCCUCAAGGGCAACUAAAUCCCCAGGUCGGGAACGAUUUCUCAAUGGAUCUCACUACGGACGACGGUUCGAUGAAUGUACCUCAAAAUACCGUUCCCACAACGAGCUCGGCUCCCACUCCCGCGAUAACCGACAUGGAGGCGAUAGAUGAAUCCAACGACAACAUGAUCCAGACUUUCAACUCAGGGGUAGCCGAUACGAACCAGAGCCUCCCGACCCUUUCUCGUCAGGUCUCGACAGCUUCUGGUUCCGUUGUCUCUCCCCCCCAACCGCAAUCCCACAAUACCAUAGCUUCAUCUAUCACACACCAAACCAGCACUUCUGUCGCGACGACACCCACAAACGCCGGCACCCCUCGAGACUCGAAAGAGAAGACCGUUUACUCCAAGAGUGGGUUUGACAUGCUCAAAGCCCUCUGGCUGGUUGCGACACGCAAAGAUCCAAUAAUUCAUCUCGGUGCGGUGGACAUGUCGUGCGCUUUUGUCGUCUGCGAUGUCACCAUGAACGAUUGUCCCAUUAUUUACGUUUCCGACAACUUUCAGAAUCUCACAGGGUAUAGCCGCCAUGAGAUUGUUGGUCAGAACUGCCGCUUUCUUCAGGCUCCAGAUGGCAAAGUCGAAGCGGGCUCCAAGCGCGAAUUCGUGGACGAUGGCGCCGUGUACAACUUGAAGCAGAUGAUCCACGAGGGUAAGGAGGUCCAGCAGAGUCUUAUCAACUACCGCAAGGGCGGAAAGCCCUUCCUGAAUCUCUUGACAAUGAUUCCCAUUCCCUGGGAUACAGACGAAAUCAGGUAUUUUAUCGGCUUUCAGAUCGAUCUCGUCGAAUGUCCCGAUGCGAUUGCCUCGAACCAGGAGCUUGGAGGUGUGAAGGUGAACUACAAGCACAGCGACAUCGGUCAGUACAUCUGGACGCCACCGCAGUCGAGCCAGUGGGAACCCGAAAACGGACAAACACUAGGCGUUGACGACGUUUCGACUCUAUUACAGCAGUUCAGCCCUAAAGGCCUUCCCUCAGACUGGCACAAGCAGUCAUGGGAUAAGAUGCUCCUCGAGAACACCGAUGACGUUGUUCAUGUCCUUUCGCUCAAGGGUCUCUUCCUUUAUCUGUCGCCUGCCUGCAAACGAGUUCUCGAAUACGAUGCUGCGGAUCUUGUUGGCAACUCACUUUCGACAGUCUGCCAUCCAUCCGACAUUGUUCCCGUUACACGCGAGCUGAAAGAUACGACUUCUGGCAACCCCGUCAAUAUUGUUUUCCGGAUCCGCAGAAAGCACAGCGGCUACACAUGGUUUGAGAGUCACGGAUCACUUUUCAUCGAACAAGGCAAGGGUCGAAAGUGCAUCAUCUUGGUGGGACGCAAGCGACCCGUGUUUGCGCUCAGCCGCCGAAAUCUCGAGGCAAACGGAGGCAUUGGUGAUAGUGAACUUUGGACUAAGCUCUCGACCUCGGGCCUCUUUUUGUUCGUCUCAUCCAAUAUUCGGUCCCUACUGGAUCUUCAGCCAGAAAGCCUUGUGGGAACGAGUAUCCAGGACUUGAUGCGAAAGGAAUCACGGCCUGAAUUUGGACGAACCAUUGAGAAGGCAAGACGUGGAAAGAUUGUUACAUGCAAGCACGAGGUUCAGAAUCGCAGGGGCCAGGUUCUGCAGGCUCAAACUACUCUUUACCCCGGAGAUGCCUCUGAGGGCCAGAAGCCAUCUUUCUUGCUGGCGCAGACAAAGCUUCUCAAGGCGUCGUCCCGCAACAUUGCUCCCGCAAGCACCUCGGGCUCCAGAUCGAUAGCGGCAACCCCAAGGUCGGAUAACCAGGCCCAUCAGGCAGGUUUCGUCUCGCAACCUGCUGGUGGCGCAUUGGCACCUGGUACUCAGGAUGCAGCGUUGGCUUCUGACGACAACAUUUUCGACGAACUGAGAACCACCAAAUGCUCUAGCUGGCAAUUCGAGUUGAGACAGAUGGAAAAGGUCAACCGCAUUCUGGCCGAGGAACUUGGUGGACUGCUCUCAAACAAGAAGAAGCGCAAGAGAAGAAAGGGCGUCGGCAACAUUGUGCGAGACUGUGCCAACUGCCACACAAGAAACACGCCUGAGUGGCGUAGAGGACCCAGCGGUCAGAGAGAUCUCUGUAACAGCUGUGGUCUCAGAUGGGCCAAGCAGACUGGCCGGGUCUCUCCACGCAAUUCUUCGCGAGGCGGCAACACUGCCAACGGCGAUGCUCGAAGCAAAAAGUCCAACUCACCAUCGUCGCCACUACACAAGGAGCUUUCCGCUGAGACGCCUAACGCACGAGCUGGCAACGGUGAAGGCGCAAUCAAUCCUUCGCAACUCACAAAGCAAAAGAUCGACAAUGGAACCGUUGCCCCCAGUGGCGCCGCUUCAGCCACAGGGUUGAAGCCAUCGGCGGUGAUGCCACCAUUGAGCCACUCGUCAAUGCUACCAGCUGGUCAACCGUCGUCGAUGGUGUCGAUCCAAGAGGAACGUGAGACGAGUCAACCCUGA